CAAAAAGGCCACAAAAAGGCCACAAAAAGGCCACAAAAGAGCAUCAACCCAAAUCACUUGUAACAUUAAUCCUAUCAUCUUUUCAGAACUUAACAGUAGUACUAUUUUUGCUUACGUAUUAUGGAAUGUUGUAUUUGUUUUGAGCCAUUUGCAAGUGGAAGUAGUUCGCAGAGUGUUUCUUCUGUGGAUGCCAAUAAUAGAGCGGUCAACAUUCCAUCCCAAGUAUGUUUGCAUCUAGUGUGUUACGAAUGUAUGCGUCUUUACAUCGAAACCUAUGGCGAUGAUCGACGUGAAGAAAACUCUCAAGUGAUCCCUUGUCCCAUGUAUAACUGUGGCGUUUUCAUGAAUACUGACGAAACACUCGAACGAGUAUAUGACAAUCAACAAGAUCGCGAUCGAUGGAAGACAAUGAGAAUUGAAAAAAUAUUCAUCAAAAACCCUGUCUAUUGUCCGCAUCCGGAUUGUCAAGCGGUUCACGAUUUGGAUCCUGAAGAACAUUUAGGAAGAUCAAGAUUUGGCGAAUGUAUGGAAUGUCAUCGCGGCUUUUGUAUUGCAUGUCAAACAACGUGGCAUCCAUAUAAAGCAUGUCCCUCUGUUCGUCCUCGCACUUGCACUCGAGCCGAUUCAUUGGCCACACGUAAAUUGGCCCAGGACAAAGGAUGGACCCGUUGUCCAAGCUGUCGAUACACCGUCAGCAAACAGAUUGGAUGCGAUCAUGUGGUUUGUCGGUGUGGAGCACAAUUCUGUUAUCGAUGUGGAUCGGCUUUCCGAGGAGGUAGUUGCGGAAGGUCUUGCCACAAUCUCAGUGAGACGGAAGUGAAAAGUCUACGAGAAGCCAUGUUUCAGAAUUAGGCAAGAAAAAGACUCUGAAAGAAGAAAGGCAGAAAAUAUUUUUUUUUAUUGCUCCGCCCUUCUUUUUUUUUUUUUUUUCUCUCUCUCUGAUAUCAUUGUUGA